AAAACUGAGCUGGCCAAACAGGUGGCUCGCUACAUGCACAAGGACCUCAAAAAGGUAUGUGUUACAGUCACACACGUUCAUACAGCAGCACAGCUCAAAUCAGAUUGUAUCAGCAAUACUGAUCAUAUUAUGUGCAGUCCCAUGUGCGUGUGUGUUAUUACUGCUCAUUCAGUAACCAUGAGCCUUCUCUUCUCAGGGAUUCAUCCGCAUGGACAUGUCCGAAUUCCAGGAGAAGCACGAGGUAUGACAUCAUCAAUACCACUUUCCCAAAACCAGGAAGAUACUUCAUAUUCCCACAACCAGGAAUGUCCUUGGGCUGGGAUACUCUAUCUACUGUAGCUGAGGGCUUCCCAGUCGCUGUCAUGAACAGUUUAACCCUGUGUUGACUGAGCGACCUUGGGCUCUGUCUAACCUUUCAUCUCCCACAAUUCAAUUAAAAGAGAUGUGUCCAGGUUCCCACAGAAACACAGACAGAUGCAGCUUGUGGAGGAAGAAAAGGCCCCAAAACAUUGUUUUUGUAUCAGAGGAAGUAGUAAUCUGACAUCAUCUUCAGUUCAAUAGGUUCAUCUACCUGUUAUCAUAAUUCUCUCUCAAUCUCUCCCUUUUCAUCUCUCUCGCCAUCUCUCUCUCUCCUCUCGCCAUCUCUCUUUCCCUCUCUCUCCUCCUCUCUCUCCACCUCUCCCUCUCUCACAAUCUCUCUCCACCUCAAUCUCUCUCCACCUCGCUCCCCACCUCUCUCCCUCUCUCUCUGUCUCUCUCUAGGUGGCUAAGUUCAUAGGUUCUCCUCCAGGUUAUGUUGGUCAUGAAGAGGGAGGUCAGCUGACUAAACAGUUGAAGGCGUAUCCCAAUGCUGUGGUUCUGUUUGACGAGGUGGACAAGGCCCACCCAGACGUACUGACCAUCAUGCUACAACUGUUUGAUGAG